AUGUCGGAUAGUAAAGGUGACGUUCUGCUGCGCAAGCCGCAGGUUCAAGAUGUCCUCGGAGAUGACAAGAUGAACGUUGAUAUUAGUAGUGGAGUGAGUUCUACUGUUAAUGAGGUUCUUGAUUCUGGUGUUGAGGAUUCUGGUGAAGUUGCUGUUGACAGUACAGAUGCUGUCGACAGUACAGAUGCUGGUGCUGAUGUUAGUGAAGCAGGUGCAGCUAGUGAAGUCCGUACUGUAGCCGGCUCUGAAAAUGCCGCUACCUCAGGCGAUAACACUGGUGAUGUUUCUGAAAGCGUCGUGGCUUCCGAUUCUGGUGCUGUUGAAGGUACCAGAGAUGUCACUGCUGUAACUUCGUCUGUAGACGAUGUGGCCGAUAUUGUAGCGACCGCUGCUGCUGCUACUGCUGCUGCUGCUGCUACUGAUGCUGGUCUUGUGGACUCUGCUAGUAAAGACGAUAAGGACAAUUCCCAGAUUCCACAGUUGCCUCAUUUCAGUUCUCUUGCUCAAGGAGUCAACCAGCCCGAUCAGCCGAAUCAUGACCAGUACCAGUUUGCUGGACAGCACCAACAACAGCAACAACAUACAUCUGCUACUCGUGACGAGUAUCCUUCUAAAUCUCUUCAUAUCCACGGACCAGGUUCUGGUUCCGGGAAUGGCAGACAUCAUGGCAGUCAUCAUGGAACUGGUACUCAGUGUCAGAACUGUCACACUGAAAACACUCCUCUUUGGAGAAGAGAUGAAUCUGGUCAGGUUUUGUGUAAUGCCUGUGGUCUUUUUCUCAAACUUCACGGCCGCUCACGUCCUAUCUCCCUGAAAACUGAUGUUAUCAAGUCACGAAACAGAGUGCGAAUCAGUGUCACUCCUAAUGGCGCUACAGUUACACCAGUCGGUGGGUUGGAUGCUAAUGGGUAUUCUCAGGGAUCUCCUAUGGGAUAUCCCGGUCAAGUUACUGAAAACGGUAUUAAACGUAAGAGAUCAGGCAAAUCUCGUGGAUCAUCAAGAAACGCUUCACCAGCUUUCACUGCUCAAGGAGAACCUUUGUAUGGCGGUAGUUUACCUCCUAUGGUCGACCCCAAUUACGGCAGUUUACCUCCUCCACAUCCUCGUCAGUACAUGGGAUAUCCUCCAUCUGGUGUACCACCCGGUUACAUUCCCGGUACUCCUCAGUACAACGGAAACGGUGGUGUGAUUCCCAUGACGAGUCCACUUAUGACGCCAAACAACCCUUCGGGUCAACCACAUACUGGGUACCGAAACGGGUCAACUGGCUCUGUUGAUGGAAAAGACGGUGGUCUGUCGGUUCUAGACCAGCUUUCUGCUGCUGCUUCUGCCUCGCCAUACCUAGCAGCUGGUCAAGAGGGCAAGAAACCCAGUGGUUCAAGCACCUCGUCUCCUACCAAGUCCAACUCCAAUAGCGAGCCUUCUUCACCCCAUGUACUCCAAUCGAUCUCGGCCAAGGCACUUGAAGACGCGUCAGCUCGGGCCCGAGCUGCUGCUGCUGCCACUCCUGCUCCUAAAGACCCACUUGCCGAACUUCAAUUAUUACGGACAAGGGUUUCUGAACUAGAACUUGUCAACGAUCUGUAUAGAGGAAAGAUUGGUGAGCUGGAAGCGUUAGAAGUGUCACGCCGGAAGUCUGAGGAGUCGCUACAGAAGAAAAACCAUCUCCUGAGCAAGCAAUUAGAAGAAAUGAAGUCGCUGAACAAGGAGUCUGAAGACGGUACCUUAAAGCCCAAGACUAAAACUGCCGAAGUCAAGAAAGAAACCGCUACAACCGACAAACCAGCGACCACCCGAGAAACCCGCUCUUCCAAAAAAGACACCCACGACGACGAGUCCGACGACAGCGAAAACAAGAGAAAGAAACUCAAAGUUUCCGACCUCUUAUAA